AUGUCAGCCUCGAGUAGGGGAGCGAAUAUUGUUCGUAGUAUUCUGCGAACAUCCCCCAAUGUGUGCAGACGAUGCGCUAGGGGCAGCAUUCAGAUUCGAUUCCCGGCUGCGAAUGCGUUUUCCUUACCAUCCUCGCGUCCCUAUUCCGGCGCUGCCGCCGCAUCAGUAACGACCAGCAACACCCCGAUUGACCCCCCCACCGCCUCGAAUGUGCCCCUUGAGCCGGUCAAGGGCUCUGCGAAACAGCAUUACCGCAUAAAGUCGGGCAUUAUCCUGACGCGUGCUCCCCUCCUGACGGCGGAACCCACUUCCUUCGAGUCGUCUUUUUACUUCUACCAGAAGCGUCUCAACGAGCGGCUCUGCAUGCCGUUUGUCACGUCCGUAUUCUUCAAGCCCGACACGCCUGCGCUGAUCGACUGGAACCUCAAGGUCAAGGACCGGAAAGGCACGGUGGCGAAGGAGCUGGGCAUUUACAAUGGCAAGGCGUCUCGGGCGUGGGACGACGAGCUCAAGGUCGGCGAUCCGCUGAGCAAGUACGAGAGCCUCCACAAUGCGCUGCUCAAGGAUGCCGAGAUGCGGGUCAGUGACGAUGCCGAGAUCAUUCCCGAGGAGGACCGGGUGCCGGUUGAGAAGCCGCAAGAUCGUGUGUCGGAGGCCGACAAGACGGGUGACGUCCGGAGGUUGGACCGCGCUAUGGACAGGACGCUGUACCUGGUCGUCAAGGGCAAGGACGGCAAUUGGGCUUUCCUGAGCAGCUCAGUCGCAACGGAUGAGAAUCUCCAUGAGACGGCGAAACGUGUCCUAGAUCAGGGCGCCGGCGUCAACAUGAACACGUGGAUUGUAGGACGUGUUCCUGUCGCGCACCACGUCGUCCGCCCCGUCUUCAACGAGGACGGCACGUUGGAGUCCCGUGGAGAGAAGACUUUCUAUCUCAAGGGCCGCAUCAUGGCUGGUCAAGCAAACCUUGAGGGGAACCCAUUCGGCUACACUGACUUCAAGUGGCUGACGAGGGAAGAGCUCCAGUCGGUGCUGGAGCCGAGAUACUUUCACAGCGUACGGAAUAUGAUGGCCGAUAGAUAG